UCCUCUUUUGUUUUUUGAGUUUAACAUUUUAAUAACAAUGACAUGGUCUACCACCUAUUUCUCCGUCUUCUCCAUAAUUCUUGCAUUCUCAGUUAAUAAUGCCUUGCUUUUUGAUGAUUCAGAUUCUCUCAGUUUCUCCCACUAUCAUGGAACCUGUCCCGACCUUGAAAAAAUUAUCCACAGCAAGGUUAAAGAAUGGGUCGACAAGGAUCACACACUCGCGCCUGCUCUCAUGAGGUUGCAUUUCCACGACUGCUCCAUCAGAGGAUGUGAUGCUUCAAUUCUUCUGAAUCAUAAAGGAAGUGAGAGGAUAGCCAAUGCGAGCAAGUCAUUGAGGGGAUUUGAAGUGAUUGACGAUAUCAAAGCAGAAAUUGAGGAAAAAUGUCCCAAAACUGUGUCAUGUGCUGAUAUUCUUACUGCUGCUGCUAGAGAUGCUACUGUUGCAGCUGGAGGUCCAUUUUGGAUGGUACCAUAUGGAAGGAAAGACGGACGAGUUUCGGUUGCACAUGAAGCUGACUCCGUGCCUAUUAUGGGUCACGAAAAAGUAACUGACAUGAUCGAGUUUUUCCAGUCCAAGGGAUUGAAUGUGCUCGACCUGGUCGUCCUCUCAGGGGCACAUACCAUUGGAAGAAGCACAUGUGGUUCUCUACAGAACAGGUUGUAUAACUACAAAGGAACUGGGAAACCUGAUCCAAGCAUCAACCCUAAAUAUUUGAAUUUCUUGAGGAGAAAAUGCCGAUGGGCAUCGGAAUAUGUGGAACUUGAUGCAGUGACCCCCAAGGCCUUCGACGUGCAAUACUACAAAAAUCUUGAGAAGAAUAUGGGUUUGUUAUCGACUGAUCAAAUGUUGUACAUCGAUUCACGUACUGCGCCCCUUGUCACUGCAUUGACUUCGCAAUCUUCACUCUUUCAUCAUCAAUUUGCCACAUCCAUGGUGAAGCUUGGAAACAUUCAAGACUAUGAUGAUGAUGGUGGUGAAAUUCGAGUGAAUUGCAACUAUGUCAACUCAUAAAAUCUAAUUUUACAUGUCUUCACGAACUGGAUAGAUAUAAGAAAUACUCAACUUGUUGAGAAAAUCAUUGUUACUUUAUACUUGAUCUCCUCUAAUUUUAUCUUUGACUAUGAAAUGCUCUUUCUCCUUUUUCACCAAAUUGUAAUUUAUGUAUUACACUAUUUUUAAUUCUCCUUUGUCACCAGAA